CGCUAUUUAAGCGCGUACGUUCAACUUGAUACUCAUUCAACAAAUCCAAUUCGAACCAUCAACAUACAUAUAGAAACUAGUGUCCCUUGGUGUUUAAAGUGUUUACUUUUUGGACUGUAUACAAAUAAAGAUGGCGAAGAUUUUGAGCAGUUUUGUGACCUCGGCCUUCCAAACAAUAGGAUACCCAGCCCAGGAGAAGACCUACAACCCCGAGGAAAGGAUCAUAACUUUGGACGAGGUGUCGUGGCACGACAGCGCCGGCGAUUGUUGGGUUGUAAUAUACGACAGAGUCUACGACAUCACAGACUUCCUUGACGAGCAUCCUGGUGGCUCCGACAUUCUUUUGGAAUACGCCGGGAGGGACGCCAGUGUGGCCUUCCGAGGAUCUGGACACAGCAAGCAAGCAAUUAGGGCACUCGACCGUUUCUUGAUCGGUGAACUGCCCAUGCACGAAAGGAUCUUCAGGAAGCCUGGGGGUUAUAAUCUAAGUGACAUUCCUGAGUAGUCAGCUUCCUGCUCCUAUUUAUUGAAGAAUUGCAUUUAAAAGUAUUAUUGUAAAAGUGUGACGAGGGAAUAUUUAUUUAUUAAUUUGAUUAGGAUUAACACUAAAACGUCUAUUUAUAUAAUCCUUAAUAUUGUUUGUAUUGUCAAUGUUUCUCGUUACUUUAUCAAAGCAGUAUUUAGGUAUUUAUUGUUAAUUUAUUUUGUAUUAUUAACAUAGAUUGUAAUAUUAAGAAAACAGUAUUUCAUUAAACCACAGUAAUUAAUAUUAUU